ACAAAUUCAGAUUCCAAAUUUCUCAAACUCUGAAAUCGUUCUUUCAAAUCUCUCAAUCGGGAUCAAGGUAAAUUUCUGGGUUCUUAUUCAGUUUCUUCGAUUAUUUUCCAUUCGAUCGCAAUUUCGUCCCUGUUCUUUGAGUUUGAUUCGGUUAAUCUUUGAUCGGAGAUAAAUAUCUGAGUUUCAUCGCUAGAUCUCAUCUAUAUUCUGAACUAGGGUUCGUAGAUUUCACAGAUUUGUAUAUUUAGGCGUCGAUUCUUUGAAUUUGAUCCGAUAUGUGAUUUAUAUUCAGAUCUGGUGGUAGCUUUUUUAAUCGGAUUUGAGAUUAUCCAAGCGAUUAAUCUCAGUUUUUUGUGAAUUACAGAUGCAGAUCUUUGUUAAGACUCUCACCGGAAAGACUAUCACCCUCGAGGUGGAAAGCUCUGACACCAUCGACAACGUUAAGGCCAAGAUCCAGGAUAAGGAAGGCAUUCCUCCGGAUCAGCAGAGGCUUAUUUUCGCCGGAAAACAGCUAGAGGAUGGCCGUACGUUGGCUGAUUACAAUAUCCAGAAGGAAUCCACCCUCCACUUGGUUCUCAGGCUCCGUGGUGGUAUGCAGAUUUUCGUCAAGACCUUAACGGGAAAGACGAUUACUCUUGAGGUGGAGAGUUCUGACACCAUCGACAACGUCAAGGCCAAGAUCCAAGACAAGGAGGGUAUUCCUCCGGACCAGCAGAGGUUGAUCUUCGCUGGAAAGCAGUUGGAGGAUGGCAGAACUCUUGCUGACUACAACAUCCAGAAGGAGUCCACACUUCAUCUUGUUCUCAGGCUCCGUGGUGGUAUGCAGAUCUUUGUCAAGACGUUGACUGGAAAGACUAUCACUUUGGAGGUGGAGAGCUCUGACACUAUCGACAAUGUCAAAGCCAAGAUCCAGGACAAAGAGGGUAUCCCACCGGACCAGCAGAGAUUGAUCUUCGCCGGAAAACAACUUGAAGAUGGUAGAACUUUGGCUGACUACAACAUUCAGAAGGAGUCUACACUUCACUUGGUGUUGCGUCUCCGUGGAGGUAUGCAGAUUUUCGUGAAGACUCUCACUGGAAAGACCAUUACUCUUGAAGUUGAGAGCUCCGACACCAUUGACAACGUGAAGGCUAAGAUCCAGGACAAGGAAGGUAUCCCUCCGGACCAGCAGCGUCUCAUCUUCGCUGGAAAACAGCUUGAGGAUGGUCGUACUUUGGCCGACUACAACAUCCAGAAGGAGUCUACCCUUCACUUGGUGCUAAGGCUCCGUGGUGGUUUCUAAAAACUUAUCUCUGUUAUGAAUCAGAAGAAGUUCAUGUCUCGUUUCAUUUAAAACUUUGGUGGUUUGUGUUUUGGGGCCUUGUAAAGCCCCUGAUGAAUAAUUGUUCAACUAUGUUUCCGUUCCUGUGUUAUACCUUUCUUUCUAAUGAGUAAUGACAUCAAACUUCUUCUGUAUUGGAAUUAUGUCCUUGUGAGUCUCUUUAUCAUCGUUUCGUCUU